UAAAUGGCUGCCAGGAAGGAUGUACGGAUGGGCCGCGUCUUCUCGCUGUGAAGCACACCCAUCUGGAGGACCGUUAUCUCGGGUGAUUCCGAGUUAAAAUGGUCGAUACACAACCAACCAGGCUCCCGGAAUCAGUUUUUCAUAGUUGUGAACAUCGCAUUUGAAGCAGCACCCGCUAUCCACUUCUCAUCUUAGAGGUGAGUUCCACCUGCCAAUCAUUGUUUAACCUGAGGCCAUGGCAGUGAAGGACCGUGUAGAAGCGGUGCUCAACGUGGGUCUGCGCGUUCCCAGCAUUAUGCUGCUCGAUGUGCUGUAUCGAUGGGAUGUAAGCUCCUUCUUCCAGAAGAUCCAGCGCUCCAGCCUUUCAAACAACCCUCUGUUUCAAUACAAAUAUCUGGCACUCUACCUGCACUAUGUAGGUUACAUCCUGAGCCUGGUGCUUUUGACUCUGCCUCGUCAGCACCUGGUUAAACUCUACUUGUAUGUUCUGACGGCCCUGCUGCUUUUUGCUGGUCACCAAGUCUCCAGAGAUUAUGUUCGCAGUGAACUGGAUUCAGGCUAUGAAGGACCGGUCUACCUGGAACCACUUUCCACGAACAGAUUCACCACUGCACUCAUAGGUCAGCUUGUGGUGUGCACUCUAUGUUCCUGUGUGAUGCAGACCAAGAGGAUUUGGCUUUUCUCUGCACACCUCCUCCCACUGGUGGCCAGGCUGUGUCUGGUCCCACUGGAGACCAUUGUCUUCAUCAAUAGGUUUUCAAUGAUCUUCACAGGUCUGGAGGUCAUUUACUUCCUGGCUUCUAACUUACUGGUACCCUAUAACUUGGCCAAGACUGCCUACAGGGAGCUCGCUCAGGUGGUAGAGGUCUACGGCUUGCUAGCUUUAGGUAUGUCCCUGUGGAACCAGCUGGUUCUUCCCGUUCUCUUUAUGUGUUUCUGGCUAGUGCUGUUCACUCUUCAGAUCUACACCUACUUUAGCACCAGAGAUCAGCCAACCUCAAGGGAGAGGCUCCUUUUUCUCUUCCUUACAAGUAUUGCAGAAUGUUGUAGUACACCGUACUCUCUGCUGGGUUUGGUUUUCACCGUCUCAUUCAUCGCACUGGGAGUUCUCACGCUCUGCAAGUUCUACCUGCAGGGCUACAGAGCCUUCGUCAAUGACAACACCAUGCACAGAGGAAUGACUGAAGGCAUCACGCUGCUUAUCCUUGCUGUGCAAACCGGCUUGAUAGAGCUACAGGUCAUCCAUCGAGCCUUCCUCCUCUCGAUCAUCCUCUUCAUUGUUGUUGCUUCCAUUCUACAAUCCAUGCUGGAGAUCGCUGAUCCCAUCGUUUUGGCUCUGGGAGCCUCCAGAGACAAGAGUUUGUGGAAGCACUUCCGUGCAGUAUCUCUUUGUCUGUUCCUGCUGAUCUUUCCGGCUUACAUGUCCUACAUGAUCUGUCAGUUCUUCCACAUGGACUUCUGGCUGCUCAUCAUCAUCUCCUCAUCAAUCCUCACCUCACUUCAGGUUCUUGGUACUCUGCUCAUCUACGUUCUCUUCAUGGUGGAGGAGUUUCGUAAAGCUCCGGUGGAGAACAUGGACGAGGUUAUUUACUGUGUUAAUGGGACCUACAGAUUGCUGGAGUUUCUGGUCGCAGUGUGUGUUGUGUGCUAUGGCAUAUCAGAGACUGUAUUUGGUGAGUGGAGUGUGAUGGGCAGCACCAUUAUUCUGGUCCACUCCUACUAUAAUGUUUGGCUCAGAGCCCAGCUGGGCUGGCAGAGCUUCCUGCUCAGGAGAGAUGCUGUAAACAAGAUCAAAAGCCUCCCAACUGCAACCGAUGCACAGCUGGAGCAGUAUAAUGACAUCUGUGCCAUUUGCUUCCAGGACCUGAACAGCGCGGUGAUCACUCCUUGCAGCCAUUUCUUCCACGCUGGCUGCCUGAAGAAAUGGCUGUACGUCCAGGAGACGUGUCCUCUUUGUCACUCCCAACUCAAGAGCCAAUCACCAGCCAGCGGAGGUCCCAACCAAGACAUCCCUGCAGCCGAUCCGAGCCCUGCUGGACAGGAAGGAGCCGCUGCUGUUGAUAAGGAGGGGGAUUCUCCUGAUAAUGAUGUGAAAGAGGAGGGAGGUGAUGGAACAGCCACGUUGGCUGAAGAAGCCUCCUCUUCCUCUGGCAUGCACUCUGCUCCUCUGUACCUUGUCAGGCCUCUGCUAUCAUCCUCCUCAUCUUGUUCCUCUUCCUCAUCAGUGACUGAUUCCAUUGAGAACCAGUUGCUAACAGAUCACCCAUCUACAUCCUCCUGCUCUACCUCUAACACACCGGACAUUCCCGCCAAUCUUCGGUUUCGCCCCCACAUGGUUGCCCCCUCCAUCCUUCACCACUCCUCUUCCUCCGCCCCACAAGUACUGAACCCUGCAGAGGUAGACCCGCAGGAGAUUUACUGAUCCAACAUUGCACUCCGAACAGCUCUUUUGCCAAUCUGAAGAUGUUCCUUCUCCAUGCUCAUCUAGAGCUACACAUAUAUAACAUACCAACAUGCAUGCACUUAGAAACAGAUUCUCCACACUUCCCUUCCUUUUUUUUCUUCCUUUUAGCUUUUGCUGGGAAAACCUUCUUCUUAUCCAGGGUUCCUAUGCAGUUUUGAAAAGGAUGGGAUUUGAUUUCACAACUUCUCAGGUUAGAUUCAUUUAUAAAAAGGAGAUAAGGUUUUGGAAAACAUUUCUAAUUCCAGACUUUAUUCCCAACUAAUAAAUAUCUAAUAUUCCCCAAGCAGAUUUCUUCUUAUCUCACUUCGCCUUGGGUUUUAUUUGUGUUUGCUUGUGAUUUACAUGUUAAACUCAGCCCAAUACAGAAACUUUGGGGUAACUUUACAUUGAUGUGCUUUACUAGUACUAUGGAUGGGUGAUGCUGGCCUAAAAUAAAAUAUUAUCUUGGUUUUUCGGGGUAUUUCCUUGCCAUACUCUUAAUGACAAUGAUUUUAAAAAAGUAUUUUAUGUCCCUUUGGCAAUAAAUCUGUUACUGCAUAGAGUCAACUUGCCUAUUAUCAAAUGGUUUACUACAAUACAAUACUUGCAUUAGGUUGUGCUUUUGUACGGCUACACAGCACAUGAUAAUUUCAUUCAAUCUUAUUUUUAAAUGUAAGGAUAGAUAUUGAUGCUCAUAUUGAACCAACAGUGGAAAAAGAGCAAACCAUGUUGUUUGAUUUUGGGGUUUGUAAAUGACUUAAGUUCUUAUCACAAUAAUCUGCUUUCCUAAUAACAAUAAAUGAGAUGAUAAUUGCCAUUCUCUAAUUCAUAGAUUAAAAAUGGGACAAAAGUCGACAAAGAAAUUUGGAAAAGAAGUACUUCUGAAAACUGCAUAGGAACCCUGCAUAUCAGUUUCUGAGAGAGAGAAUAAUUCGGUUCUUUAGCCUAUAUUCAUUAGUGCUUAAAACAGAAAUGACUGGAUACACAUAUUUAACUACAUUUUGGUAAUUUUAUCAUGAAACGUUACCUGAAUCUAUCCCCCGUUAAGACAUGCUGGGAGUCUUUUUUUUUUUUUUUUUUUUUGUCCCCCUUUAUUUUCUCGAGCGUUACAGUGAUCCAUCUCAGAAAUGCUACAUCCUGUCUACAAAAUGUGAAAUAUUUUAGUACAAUAUAUAUCUGACUCUGAAGUUUAGUUUCAUUUCAUCAACCAAAUCAUACCUUGAUUCUCUUACAGCAGUCAUAUUUACUUGUUUAGUCCUCCCCGCCUUGGAUUUAUCUGAUGUCCUGUCCGUGCCAUGACCUGCAGAAAGUGAUCAGAGGCCGAGACGGCUACGAAUGACAAUGGAUAACUUAUGGUUACAUUUUAAACUGUGACAGUCUUAACAUUUCAUAAACUUUAAAAGUGUUUUUCUUUUUUUUGUUUCUUUCACAUUGACAUUUGUUUUUAACUGCGGGGUGAAAGCGGUUGGGAGUAUUGGAGAAAACAAAGAAUUAGCAGAUACUGAAUGUCGUUUCUUGUGGCCAUCACAUGACCUGAAGCCUGGUGCUAAGCAGAGGACACGUGACGUUGUCCAAACCGUUUGUUUCGAUGUGAACUAAUCAGUGGUUUCACAUGGGAUGUCUAAUUAAUUUUGUAUGUCAAAGCUUUUGCUAUAACACCUCUUCAAUGUUUGAAUCAGAUUUGCAUGGCUGGUCCCAGCAAAAAGCAUCUGUAUUCCUCUCCGCCAAAGUUUUGCAUCAAUGUUGUUAUUAUUAUUAUUAUUAUUAUUAUUAUUAAGGUCAAUUUUACAUCAUUUCUUAGGACAGUGCAGUGCACCGUGCAAAUGGACAAAAGUUGGAAGUUAAAGUUUUGUGACAUUUCAGAGUGUAAAUACAGUGCCUUGCAAAAGCGUUCAUACACCUUGAUAUUUUUUCCCCACGUUUUGUCAUCUUCCAGCAACUUUGAUGCAUUUCAUUGGGGUUUUAUGCUGUAGACCAACACAAAGUUGUGCACUUUUUGUUAAAAAAAAAAAAAGAAAAACUGAUUCUUUUAACGAAAAAGAAAAAAAAUCUGAAAAGCAUGCGUAUACUAUAUAUAUACAUUCAGCACUUUCUAAUUCAGUACGAGGUAGAGCCACCUUCCACUGCAGUUACAGCUGCAGGUCUUUCUGGAUAUGUUUCUACCACCCAUGCUCAUCUAGUGACUGACAUUUUUGCCCCAUUCUUGUUUGCAACAGUGAUUUUCAGGACUUGCCACAGAUAGAUUUAGUUCUGUUCUGAGUGUUUGGGAUCAUCAUAUUCUGGAAGUUGAACCUUUGCUCCAGUCUUUUGCAGCAGCUGACAUGUUUUUUUCUAAGUUUGUGUUUGGCUUCAUCUAUCUUUUUAUCAAACCUGCCCAGCUUCCCUGUUCCUGCUAAAGAAAACCUAUAGCUAUUCUGCUACUGCCAUGUUUUACCCAGGGCAUGUGCUUGGGAUGAUAUGCAGUGUUAAGUUUCCCACCUUACGUUGCACUUUGCAUCUAGGCCGAAAAGUCAUUGGUCUCAUCUGACCAGAACUUCCUCAUUUCCUGUUUCCCCCACAUGGCUGAUGGGAAACCGUAAAUGGAAACUGAUUGAUCGAACAGUGCUCUGUGUAAUGUUCAUAGUCACUUCUUGUUUUAAAGCAUAACUCUCUAUAAUUACUGAGAUUUUCAUUUGUAAAAGUUGGUAAAAUGCAUUUAUUUUCCUUCCACUUUACAGCUUUGUGCAGCUUGCUGUUGGUCUAUUGCAAAAAAUCCCAAUAAAAUCCCUUAAAGUUUCUGGUUGUAAUGUGAAUGAAAAAAAAGUGGAAAAGUUUUAGGGGUAGGAAUACUUCAAAUGCAAGGUAGUGUGGGUCCGCAUAGCUGACAUGGAGCCUCCUGCUUUAUUCACGAUAAAGCUCAGCUGAUGAAUCAUGCUUUACCUGAUACGCUAACGAGAGCUGAAACCUGUUCCUAGCAGGAACCAAUCACUAUGCUUCAUCUGGGCGAUCGGUAUAUUCCUGCAGCUAAGUCACCUCCAUGAGAUGUUAUUACCAGCAAAUCAGGCCAUUUAAGUUCUUAAUCUUUGUCCACCAACCCUUAUAUAUGCUCAGAUGCUCAAGUUGGUUCUGGAACUUAGACAAUAUGCCAGGAUGGUAGAUGAAUGAGUAAUGAGUGUUUAAUUAAAAUACUAAAACCUUAGGGAGUUCUGAUGCACGCUGCCACAGAACUUGUGUCCUCAGUGUUCUCUAACCUUAUUAUUGAUGUUUUUCAAUCUUUUGUUUUUCCUCCCCUUUUACGUUUUUGGUUGUAUUUGCACUAAUCUCAUUUAUACUAGCAAUGCUCCAAAGCGGUCAUGUGGCUGUCAGCUACCAAAUACCCUCCGUUGUUUACGUACGAGGAAACAGGCCAAUCUGCGUGUGAAAUAUUGUUCUGUAUGACAGUAUCUGAAUUGUUUAUAUAGUCAGAACUUGGUUUCUUCCUAGUUUCCAUGUUGCGUUGGCCAGAAGCUAUGAAGAAACCAAACUUUUCUGGUCUGAGGAGCCAGGCAGUGUUGCUGCAUCACCUGUGUGCAUGAUGCGUCCCUAGGCUGAUGUGAUCACUCCAGUGCCCUCUAUUGGUAGGGGUGGGAUCAGCAUGGCGCUGACAAACAGGAGAUCAUUUGAUAGUGUUGCUCAUUACCACAAUUUCGUAAGAUCUUAAUACUCUUGAGUUUAUUUUUUGACUGUACAAAGCACUGCUUACAUGGCUGAAAAUGAAUACAUGAUAAAUGUAGGAUCAGACCUGUCCAAUGCUGUUUUUUGGUUUCUUUUUUUUUUUUUAAGGGUUGAGAUGUUUGAUCUGAUGUAUUUUGUGCAUCUUUCUCUGAAAGGUGAACUCAAGGACUGUGUUUCUUUGCUCAGAUUUAUAAAUGAAGCCCCGUUAAUGGCUGCACAGAUUUGUUUUUCAAUGCAAGGCUUUGGAGACUGCAUCAUGCAGAAGAAUCACCUGCAGGAUAAAAUGUGUGACGGUGAAAAUUAUUAGCAGUCGCAUUUGAAUCUGCAUUGCAGUAUUAAAUCGUAACAAGCACGAAGGUUUGUCAGCUGUUGAUUCAGUGUAUAUUUGCACAGUUCUUAUUCUUGCACCAGACAAUGCUUAUUUUUGUUUUUAGUUUAAAAUCCAGUCUUUUGACAUAUUCUGAAAUGAAUAUGUAGCUCAUGUUUUCGUGUACAUUUUUCAUUCAGUGACUGUCAACAUUGUGGUCAUUACAGUGCAUGUUCAUAUUCUCUGAAAGGCCAGUAUUGCAGUGCAUUAUUUGCAGCUGCAGGAUAAAUUUCAGAAUAAAUGUGCCAACAUUUCAACUUCUUUUCCUGCAACUUUAAUUUAUAUUAACAGUGUAUAAAGAAUGUUUCUAAAAGUGGAGUUUUUCUUUCUUUUCCACCAUCUUACAAAGUGUGUACCUCAAACAGGACUCCAACAUCCCCCCCUAAAGUUCUAAUUAGCAUUUGGCCUGAAUUUCUUGAAGAUUUUUAGAGCAUUAUUAAUACCAGAAAGUAGAAAGUGUUGGCUUCUGGUAGCCAAGUUCCUUGAGGUCAGUAUCGUGCUUGAAAUUAAAAUAAAAUUUGAAGCAUAUGCAAAUAUGCAAAUUGGAUCGAUAGCUGCCACAAGCAUGUUGUAAGAUUUACUGUAUUUGAUGAGUGCAUUUUAAACACAGCUGCACAAUGCUAUUACUUCAAAGUGAAAAUGUAUGUUUUUAUGCUCAAGCUGAGCCUUCCUUAACUGUUUUGUUUUAUUUUGAUUUAUUUGUCUGGUUGAUUUCUGAACCUGCAGAUUUAGGACCUGCUCAGUAAUGCCUGGCUCUGAAUGCCACUUGUUGAAUUAAAAAUGUCCCACAGCUGGUUUUCGGACUGGAUGCCUAUGGCGUUGCCUUGGUUAUUUUACAAAAACUGAAUGUCAAAUAAAAUGAACGAUUCUCUGGAAAA